AUGUUUGUUUAAGUCGGUUGUUAUUUUCAUGUCUCGUUUAUUUUGUUCUUUAUUUUCGUUUUUUAAGAAUUUGUUAAUUUUAUGUAUGAAAUCAAAGUGUGUGACUAAAUAAUAUUUAUUUGAAAAAAAUAUAAUAUUCAUACAUACUUGUAAAGUUUAAAGAUGCACAUUUGUAUGUUUGAAAUGAUGUUUGAAUUAAAAUAGCACUAAGUUUAGUCCCCAUUAAUGGGGGUCUGGGAGGGUUAGAUUGGGUACAAAGCCUAACCUGUCAUGUUAUUUGCGCGAAGUGGUUGCUCCCUUAAGUUUGAAUCCAACCAAAAGGUUUUUGAGGCAAAUUUUAACCACUGACCACUUCCAUUUCGGUGUUUCCUGAUCUAAACCCAUGGUUUAGAGUUCCAAUGCCAUGACUCCAAUAUGCCCCAGUGGUAGAUUCUACUUGAAAUUUCAAUUGUGCUUGGAAUAUAAGUAAAACUAUUCUAUUCAGCAGGCUCACCAGUCUUGGCAAUUAAUAUUAUUUCAGGUAUUUCUUUGCUCAAAGUUGGUGGAAGAAUGGUUUAUUCGACUUGCUCAAUGAAUCCGGUUGAGAAUGAGGCUGUGGUUGCUGAGGUUCUGAGGAGGUGUGGGGAGUCUGUUGAACUUGUUGAUGUCUCGAGUGAGCUCCCUCAGCUUGUUCGCAGGCCAGGCCUUAAGAAGUGGAAGGUUCAAGAUAAGAAUGUCUGGUUAGCUUCUUACAAAGAUGUCCCUACAUUUCGCAGAGCUGGGAUUAAUCCCAGCAUGUUUCCUUCUGGCAAAAGCUACAUGGAUGCAUCUGACAAUAGCCAUGAAGCUUCCUGUGGAAAAAUGCCUGACAUUUGCAGUAAUGGUAAUUGUGAAAAGAGAUCUGAGUUGUCAGAGGAUCCUUUGGUUCCAACUGAUGUCUCUGAGGAGGAAGUUACAACUCUUCCUUUAGAACGCUGCAUGAGGAUAGUACCUCAUGAUCAGAAUACUGGAGCCUUCUUUAUUGCUGUCUUUCAAAAGCUUUCUUCUUUGCCAGGUAACUCCAAAAAUCAUUUUAGUUAUUGA